AUUGCUGCAUUACUAUAAUAGUAAUAGGAGAGCAUACAUAAGGUCCCACGAAAUAUGAAGGUGGCUCCCAGCCCAUUGACACCAAGAACAGAGUGCCAAAAAAGCAUCAUCUAGCCGUUACCGGUGCCAGCAGAGCUCCAAAACCUUCUCCAUUUCACGCUUCACCAAUAUUGCUAUACAGACACUCCUUCAUCUCUCUCUCGCAAAAUGGCCGAUUUCGGAUACCUUUCAGACACAGACGAAUCAGCAGUGGACGAUCUCAUAACUCAAGCUCAAGAACUCUGUGUUCUUGAACAAGUUUCUAAAAUCAACUGUUCUGAUUUUUCUAAUUCUGCUCUCCCGACUGAUUUAGAAACCCGAUUCCAAAAGCUCAAAUCCUUCCCUCUCCCCAAACCCAAAACAUCUACACCUACUGUUCUCUCUAAUUCCAACAUUGAUUUUGCCAAAACAGUUCAUGGGUCUGUUUUAGAUGAUGAUAUUAAGAUGUUUUCUCCUAACAAAAGAGACCCAAGUGAGAAAAAGCAAAUUCUCUUGGAAACCCAACAGAAUAGAGAAGAGAAAUUCUUCGUGGAGAAGGAAUCAUCUUUGAAUUCUCCAACAAUGGAAGAGAUUUAUUCAUAUAUGGGAAAAAGCCCAGAUGGGAAUAAGGGUUUAGAGAAGAAAUCUAAAGCCAAUUCAUCGGCUGAAAAUUUUAUUUCCUCAUUUGGUUCUCCUUUGGGUUCGUCGAAUUCAUCAGUGGAUCCUGAUUCUCCUCCGCCGAAAUCUGGCUGCUUUUGGUGUUCGCCAAAAAGGGCUUCUAAGAAAAAGAACAAAGAAAACUGUAACGUUAUUUGGAGCGGCAAGAAUGAUGAGUUCUUAGCUAGUUUGAAUUCAUUUUCAGUGAAAGAACAACAGAAGAUGCUAAGAAAGGCAAUGAAAGAGGAAGAAAGGAUUGAUAGAGAAGCAGAGAAGAUUGUGAAGUGGGCAAAACAGGCAUCAGAUAGAAUGAAUUUUGAUGGGAUUGAUGAUGAUUCUGGUGAUGAUGAAAAGUCCAAAUAAAUAUUAAUGAUUUUCGGUUUUAUUUUCAUGUUUAUAUAUCUUAAAUGGGAAAAUCUUAUACCUUUCUUAAACAUUUACCAUAUUUAUAGUGCUAUUGUUACAUUCUCA